UUUGGCUCCGCCAGUACAACGAGGAUGAAGACGGCUCACUUCCUGUUUGGGUUUUCCAGCCGGUCUCGCCAUGACCGAACUCAACCGACAGCUUCAGGAGUAUUUGGCGCAGUCCAAAGGAGCCAAAACCAUUUCCCAGUCCAGCUCCAGUACGACGGUAAACGUGGAUGAAGGCGACUCCGUACAGGGAAGCUGGUUCGGGAGGUGGUCCAGCCCGUUCCCCGCGGGCCACAGCUCCAGCGGCGCCUUUGCGUGGCCCUGGUCCCCGGAGCCGGACCCCUGUCUGCCGGGCAUGAGCCGGAAACAGCGGCUGGUCGCCUUCGGGGUUUGCGUGGCGUUCUCCGCGGCGUGUUUCGGCCUCUCGGCGCUGUACGCGCCGCUGCUGCUGCUCUACGCGCGGAAGUUCGCCCUCCUCUGGUCCCUCGGGUCCCUCUUCGCCAUAACGGCCGCGGCGGUGCUGCGGGGGCCCAGCAGGCUUAUCGGCUUUCCUACCCCGGGGGCCGCCGUGUACCUGUGUUCUCUGGCCGGGACUCUGUACGCGGCCCUGCACCUCCACAGCACCGUGCUCACCGCCGCCGGGGCGCUGCUCCAGGUGGCGGUCAUCGCCGCCGCCCUGGUGUCCCUGUUGCCCGGCGGGAGCGCAGGCAUCCGCUUCAUGGGGGGCAUGGCUGCGUCCGCCAUCAAAAGGACCGUCUCUGGGAAAACGAUGCCGAUAUGACCCUUGCAGACGGCAGUGAAUGACCGACGGUACUGGACGUUCCUGGCAGGUCCGUCGGUAUUACCAAGACAUUCCAAAGAACUCUGCGGUUCAGAGGGACCAGUUCACAUAGUUCAGAUUAUGUCGUGGGGAGCAACCGCAUUCCAGCCAGGGAGACUGGAAUCUCCUCCCCCUCCCCUAGUGUGACUUUGACAACAUCUACUUGGAUGGAAAAGCUCCGACUUGUGGGAGCUGUGUGUUGUGUGGUCUGAGUGGGUCGAGUUGUGGGAGCUGUGUGUUGUGUGGUCUGAGUGGGUCGAGUUGUGGGAGCUGUGUGUUGUGUGGUCUGAGUGGGUCGAGUUGUGGGAGCUGUGUAUUGUGUGGUCUGAGUGGGUCGACUUGUGGGAGCUGUGUAUUGUGUGGUCUGAGUGGGUCGACUUGUGGGAGCUGGUGUGUUGUGUGGUCUGAGUGGGUCGACUUGUGGGUGCCGGUGUGUUGUGUGGUCUGAGUGGGUCAAGCCGGUGUGUUGUGUGGUCUGAGUGGGUCGACUUGUGGGUGCCGGUGUGUUGUGUGGUCUGAGUGGGUCAAGCCGGUGUGUUGUGUGGUCUGAGUGGGUCGAGUUGUGGGAGCCGGUGUGUUGUGUGGUCUGAGUGGGUCGAGUUGUGGGAGUGUGUUGUGUGGUCUGAGUGGGUCGAGUUGUGGGAGUCUGUGUGUUGUGUGGUCUGAGUGGGUCGAGUUGUGGGAGCCGGUGUGUUGUGUGGUCUGAGUGGGUCGAGUUGUGGGAGUGUGUUGUGUGGUCUGAGUGGGUCGAGUUGUGGGAGCCGGUGUGUUGUGUGGUCUGAGUGGGUCGAGUUGUGGGAGUGUGUUGUGUGGUCUGAGUGGGUCGAGGUGUAAAGCAGAACUGAAGUUUUUCAUGUAGGAAAAGAGAUUUUCCACCUCUUUACUAAAAACAAACAAUUACUGUAACUGAGUGCUGUGGCUCUGACCUCUGACCUUCCCCACUGGUUGCUUAUCAAGGAAUCGGGGCUUGUCUGCUACCAUGUUAAGAUGGUUAAUUCCCGUAACCAGGAAAUAAAGAAAUGUGCUGAUCUGCA